AAGUACUUCCGGUGGGGUCACGAACCAGAUUUUACAAGUGAAAUCACUCUGUAUUUACCGGCGAACGCCUAUCUAUGAGAAAGGGACGUUUUUCUGUUGUACGACUCCAUUUGCGCGUCAUUUUGUUUAACGAACGUUGUAUUUAACCGCUUUCUUUAGACAAGAAACAACGAGGUUUCUAGCAAAAGAGGAAGCAAUAGCCAACCAUCUUUUUUUCUACCAGCAAAAACAAGAAAGGGACAAGGCUAGGAUCAAGUGUAGUACUGUGGUAGUUUGUAGUUUAUUGUCUGCUUUAUCCCUGGAUACAGUACUUUGCUGAGACGCAACUACGUAGACAAACACUCUGGGACAUUUAGUUCCUUCUGGACAUACCUGGAAGUUUUGGAUUAAGAAGACUGGCUGUAAAGAUUUAGUAUUCCCGGGUUUUCAUGUUUCCAACAGGUUUAUCUUCCCCUAAUCCCCCACCACCGCCAACCCAGGAGGCAAGACCAGAGACUACUGAUGUCAAAAACGACAGCGGGAACAUUACAUCUCCGAAAAAGAGGAAAAUAAACUGCUCCGAGAGGGAAGACAGUGCCGACACGAUCUCCCAUUCGCCCCCCAAACCGACCUCCUGCUCUCCCACCCCGCUGCACAUUCAGAAGAAGUUACGCUUUGAGGAUUCGCUUGAUUUCAUUGGACUGGAUGCAAAAAUGGCUGAGGAAUCUGCUGCUGCUUCGUGCUCAAACAAUAAAAGCAAAGUGUUUCUGCCCGGUGGCGUGGGGCAUCAUGCAAACGGACUGACAAAAGGGGCAGGCUCCACCACCUUCUCCAGCAGUAAACCUGGAGCUGCUAAGAAACUAGUCAUCAAGAACUUUAAAGAAAAGCCCAAAUUGCCAGAGAACUACACUCAGGAGACAUGGCAGAAACUGAAAGAGGCUGUAGAAGCCAUACAGAACAGCACUUCAAUAAAGUACAAUCUAGAGGAACUUUAUCAGGCUGUGGAGAAUCUCUGUUCCCACAAGAUCUCUGCCAAACUCUAUAAGCAGCUACGGGCGGUGUGUGAAGACCACAUUAAGGCACAAAUUGAUCAGUUCAGAGAGGAUGCCUUGGAUAGUGUGCUUUUUCUCAAGAAAAUUGACAAAUGUUGGCAAGAUCAUUGCAGGCAAAUGAUAAUGAUUAGGAGUAUAUUUUUGUUUUUGGACCGUACUUAUGUUUUGCAAAACUCCAUGUUGCCAUCAAUUUGGGAUAUGGGUCUGGAGCUAUUCAGGUUCUACAUCAUCAGUGAUGUGAAAGUCCAAAGUAAAACCAUUGAUGGGAUUCUGCUUCUCAUUGAAAGGGAACGUAAUGGUGAAGCCAUUGAUCGCAGUCUUCUUAGGAGCCUGUUGAGCAUGCUCUCUGAUCUUCAGAUUUAUCAAGACUCGUUUGAGCAGCGAUUUUUGGAGGAGACAAAUCGCCUGUAUGCUGCAGAAGGACAGAGAUUAAUGCAGGAGAGAGAGGUGCCAGAAUACCUCCACCAUGUGAACAAACGCUUAGAGGAGGAAGCAGACAGAGUGAUUACGUACUUGGAUCAGAGCACACAAAAACCACUUAUUGCCACUGUGGAGAAGCAGCUACUUGGUGAACAUCUCACAGCUACACUGCAAAAAGGGCUGACUCACCUACUUGAUGAGAACAGAAUCCAGGAUCUGUCUCUUCUCUACCAACUCUUCAGUCGAGUGCGUGGCGGUGUUCAGGUCCUUCUCCAGCACUGGAUAGAAUAUAUAAAGGCUUUUGGUAGCACAAUUGUAAUAAAUCCUGAAAAAGAUAAGACAAUGGUGCAAGAGUUAUUGGACUUCAAGGACAAAGUAGACCACAUCAUCGAUGUAUGCUUCAUGAAGAAUGAGAAGUUUGUCAAUGCCAUGAAAGAAGCCUUUGAAACAUUUAUCAACAAGCGACCAAACAAGCCUGCUGAACUUAUAGCAAAACAUGUAGAUUCAAAACUCAGAGCAGGAAACAAAGAGGCUACUGACGAGGAGCUUGAGAAGAUGCUGGAUAAGAUUAUGAUAAUCUUUAGAUUCAUUUAUGGAAAGGAUGUUUUUGAAGCCUUUUAUAAAAAGGAUUUAGCAAAAAGGUUAUUAGUUGGAAAAAGUGCCUCUGUGGAUGCUGAGAAAUCAAUGUUGUCAAAGCUGAAACAUGAAUGUGGAGCAGCAUUUACAAGCAAGCUGGAAGGAAUGUUUAAAGAUAUGGAGCUGUCCAAAGACAUCAUGGUGCAGUUCAAACAGUACAUGCAGUGCCAAAAUAUUCCUGGCAACAUUGAGCUUACAGUGAACAUCCUCACUAUGGGUUACUGGCCAACCUAUGUGCCAAUGGAAGUGCACCUCCCCCCUGAGAUGGUGAAAUUGCAGGAAAUCUUUAAAACAUUCUACCUGGGCAAACACAGUGGCAGGAAGCUACAGUGGCAAUCCACUCUUGGGCAUUGUGUUCUAAAAGCUGAAUUCAAAGAGGGAAAGAAGGAGCUCCAGGUGUCACUUUUCCAAACAUUAGUACUUUUGAUGUUUAAUGAAGGAGAGGAGUUCAGUUUGGAGGAAAUCAAAUUGGCAACUGGAAUAGAGGACAGCGAGUUGCGUCGGACUUUACAGUCACUGGCAUGUGGAAAAGCCCGUGUCCUUACUAAAAUCCCAAAGAGCAAAGAUGUGGAGGACGGAGACAAGUUUUCCUGCAAUGAUGACUUCAGACACAAACUCUUCAGGAUAAAAAUAAACCAGAUCCAGAUGAAAGAAACUGUGGAGGAGCAGGCUAGUACAACAGAAAGAGUGUUCCAGGAUCGGCAGUAUCAGAUUGAUGCAGCCAUUGUGAGAAUCAUGAAAAUGCGCAAGACUUUGAGCCAUAAUCUCUUAAUGUCUGAAGUCUACAACCAACUCAAGUUCCCAGUCAAGCCUGCUGAUUUGAAGAAGAGGAUAGAGUCUCUUAUUGACAGGGACUAUAUGGAACGUGACAAGGAAAACUCCAACCAGUACAACUAUGUGGCUUAGGAUAAAACACUGAAAAGCGAUAUAUUGCCCACCCUAAAGCUGUUCUCAAACAUCGGUCUCAAAUCUUUUUCCUCUACUGGAAAGUCAAGGUGAUCACCUCAAGAAUGCGACCGACAACUGAAUGGAUACAGCUUUUGCCAGGAGUUUAGUGGUCCUGCAGACUGCAUGCCCACUGAAAAGUGAAAAUGUCCACAUUUCUCAGUGCCUCUGAGAGAAUACUAUGGACAAAGACAAACAGAUGUUUCAUUUGCUCUUUUGGAGGGGAAAAUAUUUAUUUUGUACCUUAGAUCUUAUUAAUUGUAUGCUCUUCGGUCACUUUUUGUUUUGGCUACUCUGCAUUAAGAAAAUACUGACACAUCUAACAAUGCUCUUAUUGUCCCUCACUUUCAAAAUUAAACUUGUGCCUGUUUCCUCGAGUGGUGUGAAAUGUACAGCAAUUGAAUGGAUUUUUGUUGUUUGUUGGUUUGCAUUGACUCAAAUAUGCGAGUAAAGUAAUUUAAAACAUAGCCUAUUAUCAGGAACAGCCAAAUCCACGUGCCAAAAGAUGCACUUGUAGAUUGGAUUGCACUGCCUAAUUGAGUUCAGGAAUUUACAUUUAGUAUACUUUUACUGCUUUAUGCGGUGCUCAACGUAUUAUGUUUUUUUGUUUGUUUUUUUAAAGCUUCUGUAAGCACAAGAACUGUGCCCCCUGUACCCUUUGUGUCAAACAGCAGAAUCAUUGAUGGUCACUUGGUGGGGACUGCUGAUUUUGUUUAAUGUGGGCAGAAAAGUGUGAGUGGUCUUAAACGAUGGAUUACAAUAUUCCAAUGUUUCAGUCUGGUAGGAUUAUUGCUUCAGAUUAAAAGAUCUGAUUUAAUUGUU